AUGAGUUCRUCUGUGGCGAAUGCUCCCCGGCAGAACGAUGCCCUACUCCAAGGUCCAAAAGACGAUAACAUAGUCGGUGGUUGGACCCCAAUCGAGAAUGUCGAGGAGAAUUCAUACGUGCAAGAGAUCGGAAGGUUCGCAGUGAUGGAGCACAACAAGCAAACAGGGAACCAUCUAAAGUUCUUGAAGGUGACGAAAGGUUGGAGUCAAGUGGUGGCUGGAACUAAUUACCGUCUCAUUUUGGAGGCAGUAAAUAUGGCUGGGAUGAUUUGGAAUUAUGAGGCUGUGGUGUGGGAUAAGCCAUGGGAGCACUCCUGGACGCUCAUAUCAUUUAUUCCUCUCCUCAAGAACUGA